AUGGGCAACAAGGUUCGAGUGGGAGCCAUCCAAGCUGAGCCCGUAUGGCUCGACUUACAAGGCGGCGUCAGAAAAGUGGUAUCGUUGAUCGAGCAAGCUGCAAAGGAUGGGAUCAAUGUCCUUGGUUUCCCAGAGGUGUUUAUCCCAGGAUACCCAUGGUCUAUUACCACAGAGCCUGCUAUAGCGAAUACUGAGUUUGUUGCUGAGUACCAGGCCAACUCGCUUAGCAGAGAAUCUGCAGAAAUGGACAAGAUCCGCGCCUCUGUGAAAAAGGCAGGAAUCUUUGUGGUGCUCGGCUACUCGGAACGGGCUCGCGGAAGUCUCUAUAUGGCUCAGUCGUUCAUUGAUCCCAGUGGAGUGAUUGUGCUACACCGACGGAAAAUCAAACCAACGUAUACGGAGCGGGCAGUCUGGGGCGAGGGCCAGGCCGACAGUCUCACGAAUGUGAUCCAGACUCCGCAUUUUGGCAGGAUUGGCGCCCUCAACUGCUGGGAGCAUUUCCAACCUCUGCUGCGCUACAACGAAUAUUGUCAGGGAGUUGACAUCCAUGUGGCAAGCUGGCCGCUCUUUUGGGAUAGGCCUGAAAAUCUGCCGGGGUCAUACAACUCGCAGGCCAGUCCGAACCGGCUCACUGGCCAAUUCAUGGCCAUGGAAGGCAGUUGUUUUGUCCUCGUCGCCACCCAAAUCCUCACGGAGGAAAACCGCGAAAGGACAAAACUCACAAACGUCCCAUUCGUCAAAACCCCCGGAGGAGGCUUCGCGAUGAUCUUUGGGCCAGAUGGGAAACCGUUGGUUCCGGCAUUUGACCCGGGCCAUCAGGGCAUCCUCGCCGCAGAUAUUGACUUGGGGGAUAUCGACUACGCCAGACAGGUGCUUGACGUCGUGGGACAUUACUCACGGCCGGAUCUCCUCAGUUUGAAUGUCAACAAAGAACCAGCUAAGCAUGUGCACUACGUUUAGGAGUCGGAAUCGCGCUUUGUGCUGUCGGUCGAUGGGUCUCACAAGCUACAACGUCGUGACGUGAGUGGGAUUGUGAUGGCUGAGGAGAGAGGAACGAUGUAGGAGGGCUAGCUAAUUCACG